AUGGACGAAAACAUCAGCAUGGCGGGCCUGCGCCUCGAAUUUUGUUCUCAUGCCGCCCGGGUCAUGUCAUUCAAGUCCAAGAAAACGCUCCCCAAAGCUUCCCGAUGGCCGCACCCACAAUCCUUCCCUCUGACGGCCGAAGUCCUAGCCUCUGCGGGCUAUUUCCACGAUCCGGCUGACAAUGAGCCCGACAGGACGACCUGCUGGAUGUGUGGAGAAUCUAUGAAGGGAUGGGCAGAAGACGACGAUCCGUGGGAAUUACACCUCACUUGGAGUUCCAAGUGUCCAUUUGCCCGGAUAGCCCUACUAGAACACCAGCGAGAUACCCAGACCCCCUCGUGGUCCGACUCGCCUACCCAUUCAUGGGGUCCCAGCCAGGAAUGGUUCCCCCGAGGAUCAACCCUCAUCGAGGCACGCUUAGCCACUUUUGGUGGCCCAGACGGUCCCUGGAAGCACGAAGGCAAGAAUGGAGUACCUACCCGGUUAGAACUGGCUCGCGCCGGAUUUCACUUCACCCCCAACCUGUUCAAAAAAGGACGCAAGUUUGAUGUUGAUGAUACUACGUCAUGUUGCUACUGUCAUCGGAGUGUGACUGAAUGGGAAGUUGACGAUGACCCAGUUUCCGUUCAUCUGAAGAAAGGCGCCUGUAUCUUUUUCACUGCAGUCCAACCAACAGAAAACGCCAAGAAAACAAAUGCCAAACAGGCUAAGAAACCUCCCAAAAACUUGGACUCUGGCCCGUCGAGCUCAAUCAAGGCUUCUGCUGCCGAUUCGUCAGUGGUAGAGUUGAACGGUGAUUCGGUGAUAAUAGAGAAGAGCUCUCGCAGCAAGAAAAAGCCAUCAUCCACGGCUUCCAGUGCAGUAAAAACCGGACGACGGGUUUUAGCGUCUUCAAUAUCGGGAGCAGCUACAGCUGCUAACGAGUCUAUGGCUGCCGAGCCCGAAGAGUCUGUCCAGCUGAAGCCGAGCCGAGCCUCCCGCAAAGCCCCUCCGGUCAGCGACGUUCCACGUUCACCUGAGCCAGCCACCGAGCAAACCGCCUCGAAGCCUCCGGUCGCCCUCGGAAAAUCCACGCGCCUGUCGCGAUCAACCUCCAAGGCAGCAUCUGCCUCCACAAGCAACCGCUCGACGACCUCCCAUCCCGCCCAGCGGCCUAGGACGAGAGCCAGCUCAAACGCGUCUAGUACCAUCGAUAAUGCGACCCGGCAAACAAUCAACCAGACCGGCGAUGAUCAGUCCCAGCCUCAGACGGAAGACGAGGAAGUGGUAGCCAAGCCCAAGAAGUCCCAGCGACAAAAGAAGCCGGUCAAACCCAGCCAGCCCUCGUCCGCGCUCGGCAGUGAAAGUGAAGAUUACCGCCCAGCCCGUCAGCUGAACCGCAGCCAAAACACGAUGGCUGACAAGCGAGAACUUUCGACUGUCGGUCCGGGAGAUGAAUCACGGGUUGAAGAAGAGAUCACGACCAAGAAGACUCGCGUGCCCGGAAAGAAGAAGGCGCCGCUUUCGCAGAGCCUUAGCCGAUCUGAAGCUCCGGCCCAGCCGGCGCCCAAGGAGCGGAUGAAAAGCCCAGAGAUCGGCUCACCGGGAGCGGGCGAAUCUUCGACACGUCCCAAGGCUCUCAUGCCAUCACUCUUCCCGGGAUUCAACCCGCAAGCCCCGCAACUGUAUCCCACUCUACUGCCGAUCGCAGCCAAGAUAGCGGGGGCGAGCGCCGGCCCGACCAGCCCGGGUCCUGGCGAGAAGACGCACAAACUAGCCAGCUCGCAAAAGGCGACGUCGUCGCGCUUCCCAGGGUUCACUCCGCAAGCGCCGCCGCUGGACCAGUUGCCGGCAGCGACAGUCAAGCGGACGGGCUCGACGGCCGGGCCGACCAGUCCUCGUCCAGCGGGGAAGAGCAGGCCAGUGGUGGGUGGACAAGAAGAGCUCCCGAAGAAGGCUGCGCCGGAGACGGCGGGGAUCGACGAUCUCCUGGAAGAGUAUCUGGCCGGGGAGCCGGGGAAGCUGCCGGAGGGCUGGCUGCCGAACCCGUACAACCCUUCGCGGCCGUUCCCGCCGCUGACGGCCGAGGAGGCCCAGAUGCCGCUCAACGAGUACUUCGCCUAUCGCGCCCGUCAGGAGGAGGAGGCGUUCGCAGAGUGGGUCGAGCUCAAGAUGAUGCAGCCCUGGCUCCAGGCCGUCCAGCGCGGCCAACAAGCCGUCCAGGCUCUGGUCGAUCUCCGCAAAUUUCGGCGCACUUCGCACAAGAACUCUCGCCCCAAGACGUCUCCUCCCGACAAAGAAAACGUGAGACAUGUCGCUCCGGGCCGUCAGGCGUAG